CAAAGUCCGAGACGGUACGGCUCCCAUCUACCUGAAUCCUCUUGCAAAGGCUUACGUCUCGGCCCGGCCGCUCCGGUCAUCACAGGAUCGUCGGCUAGCAGUGUCUACACCACGCUCAGGACAAUCCAGACUCUUCUCAUGCAUCGUUCCACAAAUGUGGAAUGACCUUCCAAGCACUACCAGAACUGCGGCUUCCUUUUCAAUUUUCAAGAAACUCCUGAAGACCCUAGCCUGGCAAGCCAGACUAAAUAAAUGUAUUAUUUAUUAGAAUUUGGUCUAGUUCACUAGGCUAGAAGACCCUGCUCUUCAGAGAGCAUCUUCUUAACCAGCACCUUCCCUGCACCCAACCCCCCUCUCUACCGUCCACUCCUUUGUUCCCUCCUCUCCAUGAUUGAUGUCAAGUUGUUGUUAUUGUUGUUGUUAGCCUCAAGGGCAACAUGCCGAUUAUCACUUGUAAGUCGCUCUGGACAAAAGAGUCUGCUAAAUACAUAAACAUAAACAUUGAAUUCUUGGAGCUGUACAACAUCAACAGAACUCUGAGAGCCUUCGUUGUAAACUCAGUGGGGCCGUGGAAAACCACUCUUGAGGCCAACUGCACAAUCUACAUCAAAUGUGGCGUAUACCAAGGAGACGCCCUGUCCCCACUGCUGUUCUAGGUCUAAACCCCCUCUGCCAAAUAAUCAACAAGACUGGCUAUGGAUACCGACUCAAGAAUAGCACCACAAUCAGCCACCUCCUGUACAUGGAUGACAUAAAGCUGUACCCUAAGAGUGAACGAGAAAUCGACUCAGUGAUCCACACCACCAGGAUCUACAGCACUGAUGUCAGAAUGUCAUUCAGACUUGAGAAGUGGUGACAAAGAAAGGGAAGAUAGUCCACUCAGAAGGGGUCUCACUCCUAGAAGGAACAAUGCAACUUUGAUGAAGCCGCAAGGAAAGGAGCCACAGCCAUAUACCUACAACAAGUAAGGCGAGUCCUAAGAAGUCAGCUCAAUGGCAAGGACAAGACCUGGGCAACCCACAGCUACAGAUAUCCUGCUGGAACAAUAAGCUGGCCAAAGGAAGAAAUACAGACCACAGAUGUCAAGACACGGAAGCUCCUAACCAUGCAUGGAGGGUUCCAUCUAAAAUCCAGCACACUGAGACUGCACACUACCACUACCACAAGGGAUGUACCACCGACAGAUAAUUAAAGUGGCGGAUAUCAAGAAAUCCUACCAACGGCUAGAAAGAGCUGGUCUGAAGGACAGCACAGAGGCACUGAAUAUGUCUGCAGAGGAACAGGUCCUGAACACCAGAGCAACAGAGGCCAAGAUCUAUCACACCGGACAAGACCCAAGGUGUAGGCCCCUGAGACAAUCCACCACAUAACUGCAGGGUGUAAGAUGCUGGCAGGGAAAGCAUACGUGGAACGCCACAACUAAGGGGCUGGCACCGUGUACAGAAACAUCUAUGCAGAGUAUGGACUGGAAGCCCCAAGGUCAAAGUGGGUAACACCUCCUAAGGUGGUUGAAAACGAGAGCCAAGCUCCUGCGGGACUUCCAGAUCCAGGCUGACAAAAUGGUGAUGGUGAACCAACUGAACAUUGUGGUGGUAGACAAACAACUGAGUACAGCCGUUGUGGUUGAUGUGGCUAAACCAAGUGAUGCAACAUCAGGAAAAAGGAGCACGAGAAACUAGAGAAGAACCAGGGCCCCAAAGAAGAACCUGAGAAAGCCUGGAGAGUGAAGACAUCAGUUUGCCCGUGGUCAUCGAAGCACUUGGGGCAGUAAGCCCCAGACUGGAGGAGUGGCUAAAGCAGAUACCCGGAAAAACAUCAGACAUCCCAGUCCAGAAAAGUGCAGCUCUAGGAACACCUAAGAUACUGAGGAACCCUUAAGCUUCCAGGCUUCUGGUAGAAGAUCCGAGCUUGGAACGAGGAGACCACCCGCGGAGGGUGAAAUGAGAAUGUAUUUAUUUUUGAUAGAUGUAUUGAAAAGCUAGGAAAUAACUAAAAACUAAACUAUGAUUAACACAAAUAUAAUCCAAAUAGUAACCAAAAAUUAAAGACAUUUAAAAUCAAAUAUUAACUCUGACAUGCAGAUUCAUGUCUGAGUUUUUAUUACAAAUCCAAACUAAAGACAAAAAGCAGAUUAAGGUUUUUUUUGUUGUUUAUGUUCCAGUUCUUCCUCCCAUCUCGACCUGUGUAGCCGGUUCUAUGCUGCCCAUGUUCCUGUCCAGAACCCCAUCACACAGAGAGGUUCUUCAUGCCUCUCCGGGCCAGACGUUCCAGCUCUACGCCCAGGCUCAGGCCCAGAACUCCCAGAUCCGAAGCUUCCAGGUGAGCGGACCUGGGAACAUGACCCGGGAGUUCAGCACUGACUUGACUGGGAAGGCCGAGGUGAUUCUGAGCUGGACUCCACAGCGGCGUGACCUGAAGAGACUGGUACCAGUCUGCUUCACAGCUGAAACAACACAAACCCAAUCAGAGAUGAGAUGUGUCGUUGUCAUGGUGACCCGUGCAAUUAGCACCCAAGGCAACGCCACCGUCGCUUGCUCCCCUAACAAGAUGACGGUGAUGCUGGAGAAGGCGUCCAUGCCGGACAUCGAUGAACACUACCUCAAACUUAAAGACCCGUCCUGUUCGCUGGUUUCUAAUGACACCUACAUCAUGGGCACCAUGUCCUUCAGCACCUGUGGAACCACACUGGAGGAUAAAGGAGACUACAUCGUCUUUAAGAAUGAGAUCCACUCCUUCGAGCGUCCCACUGAAGUCAUCACCCGGAGAAAGACUGUUCAGAUUGACUUCUCUUGUGAGUUUCCUAAAACCGUCACCAUCUCCAGCUACUAUAAUCUCCACCAGUCCGACUACAUCUUCACUGAGUCCAACUUCGGCAGCUUCGGUUACACCUUUGAAAUUUUCCGUGAUGGUAACUUCACACAGAAGGUGGCGUCGGACGCGUACCCAGUGCAGGUCAAGCUGAUGGAGACGAUCUACAUGGGCAUCCAAGCCAACUCAGAGCUCCCGAGCGUAUCUCUGUUUGUUGAAUCGUGUAAAGCAACUCCUGAUGAGAACCCAAAGAACUCCCUCUUUUAUUACCUCAUCCAAAACGGGUGUCUGAAGGACGAGACGGUUAAAAUCCACCCGUCCAAUCAGACUUCCUUCAACUUCGAGCUUCAAGCCUUCAAGUUCAAUGGAGAGUUUGACCAGGUGUACAUCACUUGCUCCGUCAUCCUGUGUGAACCCGGAAGUCCGUUUUCCAGAUGCUCUCAGGGAUGUCUGAGUAACCCAUCCCGCCGACGGAGACGAGGGCUGAGCAAGGAGACCACCGGACACUACAUUACCCAGGGUCCCCUGCAGUUUGUGGACUUAGCUCCGCCCAUUCCACCCAAAGAAGAAAAGUCAGCUGGAAAGCCGAGGAUGGACCCAUCUGCUGAAGGGAAUCCUCCAACAGCGACUCCUGAAACCUGCUCGUCUGACCGGAGCUGGGGGAUCAGGAAUGUGUUCUCCGUCAGCUUCUCCACCCUGGUGUUUGCUGGAGGCUUCGCUGUUUCCCUCAUACUGUUGGCUGUGGUUCUUUACCGCUUCAGGAGGAGGAGGAAGUCUGAAGACCAGAAUGUUCUCAUCGACUCAGACGUUGACCAGUAAACGGAUUCUUGAUCCGACCCAAACAGGAUCACAGUACCAAGGUCCUCUUCAGCUUUCUUCUCUGUAGCUGGGUUAGGGUUAGUGUUAUGUGAGUUUUAUUUCUGCAGGUGAUGGUUUCAGCUAAUCCUUGGCUUAUAACUAGAUGAAAGAAUGAAAUCAAAUAAUUACUCUUGAUAAAGUCGGAUCAGUUACUUAACGUUCGAUGAUUAUUUGUAGUUUACAGCAAACGAAUACCGGUUAGAACAUUAAAUUGGACAUAUCUACUUUAGAGAACCCUUGAAUGUAACCUAGGAGGGGGAGGAGUCAGGAGUCAAGGGUCAGGGGUUAUUUAAACAUGUUUCUGCUAAUCAGAUAAUCUCCUGUGAAGUUCACUUUCUCUUUCUGGUAAACUUUCCAAUGAUAAAAGCAAAGGCGGCGUGCCUAAAGACCUCACCUGACCUUUUCCACACCUUCAUUAUUCCUUAGAACCUGUGGGAGCAAAGUUCUGCUCAGACCGGUUCUGCUGCUCCAGAUCUCAGCAAUAUUCAGAGGAGCAGACAGCUUCUUUGUAACAAUAAAACAAAUACCUUCAGUUUUAAUCCUGUUAUGAACCAUUAUUCGGCCUUUUGAUGUAUUCUCAUUACUAUAUGGGAAGUGGUGUAUUUUCAAAAUAAAAAGUGGGAUGGGCUUUCUGCUCAUAUUCUAUAAUAAAACAUGUCUAGGACACUG